AUGUCUUUCAUUUCCUCCACCUCAAGCUCUAGUUCUUCUGAUUUCUCAAAUAACGUUGAAUUUGAUCGGUUAGUUGAUGAUUAUGUUGCUAACCACCUACCACAUAUUUUAAUUCCCGAAGACUCACCACAAGAAUUCCAGCUUAAUAAUGAUAUAGCAAAUGUCCCGGAGCCUAAAAGGGAUAGGGAAAGAGAAAAAGGGCAUGUGCAACUAUAUAACGAUCAUUUUGCGAGUAACGCAGUGUAUAACGACAACCAAUUCCGCCGUAGAUUUCGUAUGCAAAGAUCUUUGUUCUGUCCCAUUAUGAAUAAGGUGGUUGAAGGGGAUCAAUUCUUCCAACAACGUCGGAAUGCAGCUGGAAAGCUUGGUUUAUCACCGUUGCAGAAAUGCACCGCUGCAAUAAGAAUGUUAGCGUAUGGCGUAGCCCCUGAUGUCGUGGAUGAAUAUCUUCGUAUAGGUCAAACAACCUCAAGGAAUGCAUUGCAACAUUUCUGUCAGGGGGUUAUUACACAUUUUGAAAGUGAAUAUCUACGUAAACCUACAGAUGAAGAUCUAAGGAGAAUCCUUCACCAAAAUGAAUUGCGUGGGUUUCCAGGCAUGGUUGGUAGUAUAGAUUACAUGCAUUGGGAGUGGAAGAAUUGUCCUACGGCUUGGAAAGCACAAUAUGUUGGUCGUAGCAAAACUGCAACCCUCAUUCUUGAAGUCGUUGCUGAUCAAGAUUUAUGGAUUUAG